AGAUAAGUAAAAUAAAUAGUAGAAAUUACACAAUUAUUACAAGUACAUUCGUACAGCCGCGGUCAAAUAAAACGAAUUUCAACUUUUUUCUUUUCUCGAAAUUAUGCAGUUUCGUUGUCCAGACAACUGAAGUAAAUUAUCACUUUUUCUCCGAGGUAGCGGAUGGCCGACUUACAAAAUUUUUCGUAAUUAAUCAAUAUCCUUUUUAAAUCCAUUUUCGACCCCACGAUUCAAGAAAAUCCGAAAUAAUAUACCGAGCAACAUAUUAUCAAAAAAUCGUCAAAAUGCGCGAGUGUAUUUCUAUGCACGUGGGCCAAGCGGGCGUUCAAAUGGGCAAUGCGUGCUGGGAAUUGUAUUGCCUCGAACAUGGAAUCCAACCGGAUGGUACGAUGCCGUCAGACAAAGUGUCCGGUACAAACGAUUGUUUCAACACCUUUUUCAACGAAACCAGUUCCGGAAAGAUGGUACCGCGUGCUGUGAUGGUUGAUCUUGAACCUACUGUCGUUGAUGAAGUACGAAUAGGCUGCUACAAGAAACUGUAUCACCCGGAGCAAUUAAUCACUGGAAAGGAAGAUGCUGCGAACAAUUACGCCCGCGGCCAUUAUUCGAUCGGUAGAGAAGUGAUAGAUUCGGUGAUGGACAGAGUUCGAAGGCUGACAGAUCAAUGCACUGGACUUCAGGGAUUUUUUGUGUUCCAUUCGUUCGGAGGAGGAACCGGGUCGGGAUUCACUUCUUUGCUCAUGCAAAAGCUUUCGGACGAUUACGGGAAAAAGAGCAAAUUAGAAUUUGCAGUGUACCCGGCACCACAAGUAUCUACGGCGGUCGUGGAACCAUAUAACGCAAUCCUUACGACUCACACGACAAUAGGUCAUUCUGACUGUGCAUUUAUGGUGGAUAAUGAAGCAAUUUACGACAUAUGUAGACGGAAGCUUGGAAUUGAACGACCUUCGUACGCUAAUCUAAAUCGCCUAAUUAGUCAAGUGGUAUCUUCAAUUACCGCUUCCUUGAGAUUUGACGGCGCUUUGAACGUGGACUUGACCGAAUUUCAAACGAACUUAGUACCAUAUCCUAGAAUUCACUUUCCUCUUGCCACUUAUGCCCCGGUGGUGUCGGCAGACAAAGCUUUCCACGAGGGAAUGUCCGUCGCGGAAAUAACCUCCGAAUGUUUCGAGGCAUCGAAUCAAAUGGUCAAGUGCGAUCCACGCGAAGGUAAAUACAUGGCGUGUUGCUUGUUGUAUCGCGGAGACGUGGUACCGAAAGAUGUAAAUGCAGCAAUAGCCGCGAUGAAGAGGAAAAGUUGCAUACGCUUCGUUGAUUGGUGCCCGACUGGUUUUAAAGUCGGCAUCAAUUAUCAGCCACCUACCGUGGUUCCUGGUGGAGACCUUGCGAAGAAAUGUUUUAAGUCCUCAAUUGAUUUUCAUUCUUCAAAUGCAUAUCUUUGAAAUGCUUAUUUAUAAAAAAUUAUAUUCUUCAUAGUACCGAGGAUAUUUCAAGAUCAUCUUAUUUCUUUGAAAUAACUGCAUUGUCAUACUUUAUCUUUACUAUAAUGAUACUGUCAAGUGUAACCACGUAAUGAUAACCGAUAAACGAGCAAAGUAAUUACGUAUUGCGUGGAUUACACAAUCAAAGUUUUUGAGUACUUGUACCAUACAAGUCAGUAUUGCAUCACGGUUUGUAACACUGAAUAUCUAGACUCAUGUACACACUUGUAACUACAUUGAAAAAUGGGAAAGUACAGAACUUAAAAGAAGAAUGUAAGAUCUUGAAAUUCCUAAGAAUAUGAUAUUGGAAGAAUGUAUCAUUGAUAUGAUGUUCCUAAUGUAAAGCCUUCAUUGCUGUUUGAAAAUUGUUCAGGUUAAACGGGCUGUGUCGAUGCUAUCGAAUACUACGGCCAUCGAAGAAGCUUGGGCGAAAUUGAA